UUUAUGUCUUACCAACUGUGUGUUUUUUUUCUCUCAACUUUGAUCCGAUAAAGUAAGGAUACUUUUGCCCUACUAAUAGCAAUGUUCAAGUCCGAUAGUCUCCUUUAAGUUCCCACCAAUAACCCGGUUGACUGUAAAAGACUUUGUAUCCAUCAAGCAAUCUGAUAGCAAAGACAACAAUGGCGUUCCCAAGCUCAAAUCCCCAGAUCCACUUAUCAAUGGUUAAUGUAGCAAAUUUUGUAUCCAUCAAGCUAUGUGGUGAAUCCAACUACAUUCCAUGGAAAACCCAGAUUAUUUGUCUCCUUCAAAGUCAUGAUUUAUUUGGAUUCGUUGAUGGAACAAUCCAAUUUUCUCUACAGACCAUUGCUCCUGGCGAUGACGAUGAGCCCGAAGAAGAGGAAAAUGAAGAAAAAGGGGAAGAAAUGGGAAAUGAGGAAGAUAAAUUGCAAAGGAAAAGGAAUGAUGGGUUUGUUAAAGGAUGGAUCUUCGGUUCUCUUAGUGAUCAACUUCUUCAGGAUAAAGCGGUUCAUAAAUUAGAUUCGGCUAGAGAGGUUUGGUUGGUUUUAGAGCAACUUUACAGCCCUAAAUCUCAAGAUGAUAGCAACAUCGAGCGUGCUGAAAGCAUUGAAUCAAAGAAAGAUUUUAGCUAUUACUUGCAACUAUACAGAGCUUCACUAAGUGGAGAUUGGAAGGAAGCAGAAGAAUUCUUGAGCCGAGAGAAAGAAGCAAGUAGAGCUCAAAUCAACUCUCUUUUACAGACAGCACUUCAUGUAGCAGUUGGGGUAAAGGGUAAAAAAGGUAAGCAUUUCGUGGAGAAGUUGGUGGCGACUAUUGAAAAUGAUGAAGAUAUAGCCAUACAAGAUAGCCUUGGUGAUACUCCUCUUCACUAUGCUGCUAGAUUUGGAAACUUAGAUGCAGCUAAAAUCCUUGUAUCGAGGAAUUCUUGUUUACCACAUAUUGCUUGUUUCGGUGGUCUAUAUCCAAUCCAUUAUGCAGCUGAGUAUGGAUACGUUUCUGUGGAUGUGUUUGCUUACUUCUUGAGUAUCACUAAACAAUCUGCUCCUUAUAUUGGCCGCAGUGGUGUUAGGCUUCUCUACAGAUUAAUCCACUCAGACUUGUAUGAUUUUGCCAGAGAGUUGGUCGAAGACUAUCCUGAUUUGGCAAAAUAUGAUUCAGAAGGAAAAUCUGCUUUGAAGGAGCUUGCCAUGAAAGAAUUUACUUUCCUCAGCGGAAGUCAUCUAAACUUUUGGCAACAAUUAGUCUACUAUUGUGUUCCUGUCAAUUCAACUUCACGGAGUCGCCAAAGAAGACCAAAUGCCAAUGAUCUGGAGAAUGACUCACAAAUGGUUAAGACAAAGUAUGUAAGAAUUUACUUCAGGACUGGUGAGUUUUUAUCAUCUUCCUUUUGUUUCUUUAAUAUUCAAGGUAUAUCGAUUUCCUUUUCGACAAAUGUCCUCAAGAAUUUAAGGAAAACUAAAGACCAAAUGAACUUAUCAAAAACUAAGAAUCUCAUUAGCGUUCGUGUACUUUUUAUCUCAGUGAUCAAGAAGUUGCAUACCCUUAUUUUUGGUGUUCUUGAAAUUGUAGUGCCUCCUUUGAAGCACAUCCGGAAGAAAAAGUUGAUUCAUCACAAUGCAGUUAAGUAUGCAGAAUGCUUAUGCGAGAAAAUAGAAACUCUGAAUGACAAAGAAGUUGACUCCAUUGUCAGCCGUCCUCUGCUUGAUGCAGCAUGUUAUGACACCUAUGAGCUUGUUGAAAUUAUUUUCAGAAAAUUUCCUUCUUUAGCUUAUUGUUAUGAUCAAGAUUCGAAGAAUAUAUUUCACAUUGCAAUUGAGCAUCGCUGCGAAAAUGUGUUUAAUUUGAUCUGUCAGAUGAGCCAGCUUCGGCACCAGUUGAUGGUUUCCGUAGACUCCUCUGGCAACACCGUAUUGCAUUUGGCUGGAAAGAUGGCACAAAAUAAGUUAAACCUUGUCUCUGGACCAGCUCUUCAGAUGCAACGAGAACUACAAUGGUUUAAGGAAGUAAAGAAGAUUGUACCACCUUUGUACUGGGAAUCCUUAAACGGUGAGAAGAAUGCUCCGUAUGUGGUAUUUACUGAUGAACAUGAGAAGUUGAAGGUAGAUGGAGAAAAAUGGAUGAAAGAUACAUCAAGCUCAUGCACAAUUGCAGCAGCACUGAUUGCUACCAUCGCAUUUGCUGCCGCAAUCACAGUACCAGGUGGCAACGAACAACAAACUGGACUCCCCAUUUUCUCUGGAAACAUUGCUUUCAUCAUUUUUGCAAUCUCGAAUGCAGCUUCAUUGUUUACUUCAAGCACCUCUCUAUUAGUGUUCUUGUCAGUUUUGACGUCUCGUUAUGCAGAAGAAGAUUUCCUGCAUACUUUGCCAAGGAGCCUUAUCCUGGGACUGCUAACUCUGUUUCUUUCCAUAACAUCCAUGAUGAUAAGCUUUAGUGCAACGGUGUAUCUCGUGUUUGGGGAGAAGAAAUCAUGGGUUCUUGUACCAGUAGCAACAAUGGCUUGCCUACCGAUUACUUCAUUUGUGCUUCUGCAAUUUCCCCUCCUUGUUGCUCUCAUUUCCUCAACAUAUGGGGCUGGCAUUUUUGGGAAGAAGAGUAACCUCUUGUUUUAGUGACGAAUUUUGUUAUUGUUAUUAUUAUCUAUAUUUAUAUUACUUUAAAAACACGAAGGUCCUUAGAAUUUCAACAUUUAACUUUGUGUCCUUUGCUGAAAGAGUAUAAUAGAUACAAUUUUCAUUUA